UUCUGAUUGGCGGCGAGAACGCGCAAUAUAAAUGCGAGCGCGGAACCCGGCGCUCACUCUGCCGCCCGCGCUGCUGCUGUAGCGAUGGCUCGUCUGGUGCCCUUGGUCCUGCUCGGACUGCUCUCGCUGUCCAGCCUGGACGCCAUCCAGCGUACUCCGAAGAUUCAGGUUUACUCCCGUCACCCAGCGGAGAAUGAGAAGCCAAAUUUCUUGAACUGCUAUGUGUCUGGGUUCCACCCACCACAGAUUGAAAUUGAUUUGCUGAAGAACGGGCAGAAGAUGAAAGCGGAGCAGUCUGACCUGUCUUUCAGCAAGGACUGGUCUUUCUAUCUCCUGGUCCACACUAACUUCACGCCCAACGCAAGAGAUGAGUACAGCUGCCGCGUGAAUCACGUGACUCUCCAGGAACCCAAGAUAGUUAAGUGGGAUCGAGACCAGUAAGCAGCAGCAUGGAGGUUUGAAGAUGUCUCAUUUGGAUUGGACUAAUUCCAAAUUCUGUUUUCUUGCUUUUUAAUACUAAUAUACUUUCAGGCUUUAUACACAUAAAUCAGGCAUUAUAUUGAUGUUAUCACAAAUACCACUUUAUGUCUCCAUGUUUGACUUGGGACGCUGGUAGCUUAGAGGUGUAGAGGAGGGAAUUCCAUGUAUAACAUCAACAUCUGCAUCAAAUCUGAACUCUUCUGUCUCUUCUGCACACAAAACUGGAUAAUAUGAUAGUUAUGCAUGUUUAGAGGAAACCUUCAAUUUAUAAUUAUGCUUAGAAUUUUGGGAAAAUUUUUAAAGAUAUUUAUCAGAAUUAUGGAAAUUUGUGAUAGUGGGUGAAACAUUCUGCCAUAUAAAAUUCAUAUUUACCUCUUACAUGUGUCAGAGUGCAAUAUGGUUGUGUCUAUGUUGAUUAUAUUUUUGUUUCACUAAAAAAAAUGGUAAAACACGUUCAGCUUCUCAGAGGAACAAUAGCUAACUUCUCAAUGUCAGUGGGAUCCAGAACACAGUAGAAAGUGAUCAUGAAUGUGGUGAAACAACUGCCUGCCUAGAAUUCCAUGCACAACAAAAAUAUCUUUCAAAAAUGACUGCAAAUUGACACUUUAGAUGAAAACUGAGAUCAGCACCAGUCAGAUCCUCAUUAAAGGAGAUUCUAAAUGAUACACCUUACGCAGAGGGAAGGCCUACAAUGUGAGAAGUGAAGAGCAAGGGAAAUGUAUCAAUUCUGUGUAAAAAGAAAGAAGCCUGAAUACUUAAGUAUAAUGAAUGCCAAUGUAGUAAAAAACAAACAAACAAAACACCCAGAACAAUUAUGUAAGUAUAGAAAGAGCAAGUGAUGUUAAAGCAUUCAGUGGACUUCUGUUACCCAGAAGGGUAAAGUUAUAAACUUUUUUGGUAAUUUAAACAUGUACAUUAUAUUUCCUAGGGUAUCCUCUUAAAAAAACAUAAACUGAAUAUUUACUGUCUAACUAGUAGAGGGCACAGGAGCUUCUGGAGUGCUAGUAAUGUUUUAUUUUUUGCCCUGAAUGAUGGUUACAAGAAAUUUUGCUUUGUAAUUAUUCGUUAAAUGAUAUGUACUUCACAUUUUAAAAUAAUGUUAUAUUUCAUAAUAAAAAUAAUAAAAUUGA